AUGUCUCAAAACCUUUCUUUAACUUUGGCUGGUUGUUUGGUGACUCCAAGUUUGGCAAGUGUUGAUUUUGAUAAUUCGACACGGACAUUGUUGUAUUUGUAUAAAGGAAAGGUGAUUAAUGGGAAUGUUUCGUCUUUGAUUCUUGAAACUAACCCAUUGGAAUCGAAUAAUGGCAGUCGAAGGGAAAUUUCUGUCGUUUCGACUGAAAGAAUUUUGGCUAAUCCACGUUUCCACAAGUAUGAACACAUUCCAGAUCAAAUACAACUUUACUAUCAAGUACAUUCUAAAUUGAGUGAAAAUGUCCUUGUCUAUAGAAAAACAGUUCAAGACGAAACUAAUCUCUAUUCACUUUUGCAAACUCCACAAGAUUUGUAUUGUGUAAAUCCAGUGAGUGGAGAUUAUGCAACCUAUUCGGAUGGUUAUGUGAAAAUUUAUAAGAAUGUCAAUUAUUGGGCGAAUUCAUGUCGUUUGGAGGAAAUUAAGCUUUCGAAUAAUGUGUAUAGUUUCGGAUUUGCAAUGUUGCCACAAUCUGAAACUUGUCAAUUGCCACGAAUCUUACUAUUUUCAAGAGAGAAAUUGAACUAUUUUGAAGGAGAACAUUUAAUUAUGGAAAUUCCAAUUCCAUUCACAGAAGAUUGUAAAGUUUCGACUGAUUUCAAAUUAGGUAUCCUAUUUAUGGCAGAUUCAAAGAAAAUUCUAGCCCUCGAUAUCAAUAACAAAUUCGAAACUCUAUUCAGAAUUGAUUUGGGAUUUUAUCUAGUGAAAGGAAUGACCAUUGAUGUGGAGAAGAAAUUAUUAUUCAUUGGUUCGAAACAUUUUAUUCACAUUUUCAAUUAUGGUUAUUUUGAAACAAUUGACCCAUUACAACAAGAACAAUUACAACAAUUCUCAAAGGAAUUCAUGAUGAAAGGUAGAUCAAUGGAUUAUCAAGAACAAGUCAAAUCCUAUUUCAGAUCCCUAUAUAAUGAUUCCAGUUUGACAGCUGUUCCUCCAAGUGCACCUUCUACCUAUAAGGGAGGUGGCUAUUGUGAAAUUAUUCCACAAUUAAUUCCAUACGUGAAUGGUCAAUCUGUGUUGCCAACUAGUAAUACAAGCCAAACUGCAGUUUCUUCCUCUUCUAUUGGUGGUGCAACUUCUGUAUCGAAUGGUUCAUCAGCUCCUGUUGUGAAUUACAAUAAUAAUUCUGCACAAGUUCAGACAACAACACAAAGAGUUUCUAAUCAGCAGCAACAACAAGACACUGAUUGUUGUGUUAUUCUCUAA